AUGCACUCGCCGCAACCUACCAUCGUACACACCCCCUCCUCUCCAUCCUCCUCACGUCGAACGCAACAAACCAAACCAGCUACGCACGCCGGACCAACACCUCCAGCUCCCCCCCUCCAUAGACCAAACCUUCCUCAGGUUAUCAGAUCAUCGCCAGCCAUUACAGGUUACGGCCAGGUUGUUGCUGGGUAUCUCCAGGGCAUCUUUGGGGGUUGGGAGCGCGGUCCGGAGAAGCCCAAACGGAGGCGCGAACCCCCCCCCCCCCUGCGCGGUUACAGCGAAAAAGAGAGAGAGAGAGAGGGAGAGAGAGAGAACGGAGGCGGCGGCGGCGGCCACGAUGAUGCUGGAGGCGGCGGCGACCGCCCUUUCGCCCUGCAAGGAAUCCCCCGUCCACACCCCCCUCACCCCCCCCCCCCCCCCCCCCCCCCCCCCCCCCAUCUCCAGAGUCCAUCGCCCAUCUCCAUUCCCACCCAGCCCAAGAUUCCGCGCACCGAGUAUCUCCACCUCCCCGAGCCUCCAGCCUGCAGGCACACUAUUACUUCGUACAGCAGGCUGGGCGGUCUUCUUUCCGCGCUCGUGGUUGGUCGUCGAGAGGUCCGAACCCUUGCCCAACUCAGCUCAGCACCGUCGACUUGGACGACCCGAUCCCCCGGCCACGCCCAAGGGGGCCAAAAACAAGCCCCCCCUCCAGCCGCCGUCCCAACUCGAACCCCUCCUCCCCCGUCCCGCAUUGUCUCUCCUCUCGCUCAUGUUCCGUGCCCAUCGUCUCGUCUCUCGUCUCGUCUCGUCUUGUCUCUUGUUUAUCCUCUCGCCUUGCCCGGUUUAGAAACAAGGGCCGACGCUGCUCUUGCAAAAGGACCCUGA